ACAAUGUCCAUUUUCUUCACACAUUUACAAAACAGUUGAGUCUCAACGAUGGCGUACGAUUAGCAAACGCUGCUAAAGUUUGCUAUCAAGUCGACUAGCUGACAAUGUAAGCCGUGUGAGCUAAACUGCAAGUAAGACACCAUGGGACACGGCGUGGGCUAAACUGGAGUAUCGAGUAACACAUGCUAACUGUUUCCCACCGUGGUGUAGGACAUGGCCACAGCCUCGCUCAGAGCAGAGUUGGGCCAUAACUACAGAGAAACAUCACAGCUCCAUGCAGUUGUUUCCUGUGCCAAAAUCAAAAGGAAGAAAAGCUUAUUUGGAGUUGCCAUUUAUGUGGAGGUGACAGCAGAGGGGGAGUCACGUCGCACAGCGAAGUCCCACAGCUCAUCUAGUCCGAAAUGGGAUGAAAGGCUUACUCUGAAUGUAACACCGCGCAGCCAGGUAGACUUCAAAGUAUGGAGUCACAACACCUUGAAAGCAGAUGCUCUGCUGGGCAAAGCUUCGCUGGACCUGAUAGAAACCUUGGAGCAGCAUGAAAGCAAAUUGGAGAAUGUGAAGGAGGUGCUGAAACUGAGUGUGGAGCACAAGGGGGUUCUGAUGCCUGCAGGGGAGCUGACAGUCUACCUAGAUGGACUUAAUGUCAGUGACCAGCAGGAACUGCCACCACUAACCAAUGGAAAUGCAGCAAAUGGCACAAAAGUCCAGGAGAAUGGUGACGCCAUCCAUGAAAAUGGAGAAUCCUCUUCCUCAAGGGCUGCCAACAGCACAGCUAACGGAACAGACCUGGGCCUGCGGUCAGGUUCCAUUUCAGCCUCUAAUGGAGUGAAUAGUCAGGUGCCUUCCAGUUCCUGUAGCCCGGCCCUAAGUCACGUCAUCAAUGGCGAUGUCACGCCCAACUCUACCCCAAGCAACCAACCCUCAGAUAGUGGUGCAGAGAGUAGGACUCUCAAUGGGGAGACCUGUGAUACUGUCGCCGAGUCAUCAUCUGAUACAACAGGUGAUGUGUUGCCUCAAGCAGAAAACCUCGAGGACUGUACUCUAGAUGCCCUUCUGCCAGAUUCCGACACAGCACCAAAUGGCACUUCACAGGCUCCAGUCUUGUCUUCUGCUGCUAAGCAGAGUGAUGGUGCUGUUGCCGCUGAUGCCGCUACUACUGCUGCCUCCUCCAUGCGCACUUCCGCAGCACAGGGUGCCACAGCCAUCGCAACGUCCUCAUCAUCAGUGUCCUCCUCCCCAGCAUUGGGAGAAACAAAUUUGUCAGCUGACAGUGGGAGCAGUAGUAGCGCUGCAACAGUAACUACGGAUGGGGCCAAACCCAGACAGCAGGUCCGUGCAGCUGGAGCCCCAGACCCUCUUCCGCCUGGGUGGGAGCAGCGAAAAGACCCGCAUGGGAGAACAUAUUAUGUAGACCACAACACCAGAACUACUACCUGGGAAAGACCACAGCCACUGCCACCAGGGUGGGAGCGCCGUGUUGAUGACCGGGGAAGGAUCUAUUACGUGGACCAUAACACCCGCACCACCACAUGGCAGCGUCCCACAAUGGAGUCAGUCCGGAAUUUUGAGCAGUGGCAGAGUCAGCGCAGCCAGCUGCAGGGAGCUAUGCACCAGUUUAACCAGAGAUACCUCUACUCUGCAUCCAUGAUGUCUGCCGAGAACGAUCCACUUGGCCCGCUACCUCCUGGUUGGGAGAGGCGUGUGGACUCCAAUGACAGAGUAUACUUUGUCAACCACAAUACUAAGACAACACAGUGGGAAGACCCCCGAACCCAAGGGCUACAGAAUGAGGACCCUCUACCUGAGGGUUGGGAGAUCCGUUACACAAGGGAAAGUGUUCGAUACUUUGUAGAUCAUAACACCAGAACGACGACAUUUAGCGACCCCCGCACUGGAAAGUCCUCUGUCACCAAAGGUCCACAGAUUGCAUAUGAGCGUAGCUUCCGGUGGAAACUUGCUCAUUUUCGCUACUUGUGCCAGUCGAAUGCUCUCCCUAGCCACGUGAAGAUCACCGUCUCCAGGCAAACGUUGUUUGAAGACUCAUUCCAGCAGAUUAUGGCCCUGAAACCUUACGACUUGAGGCGGAGGUUGUACGUCAUCUUCAGAGGCGAGGAGGGUCUUGAUUAUGGAGGCUUAGCUCGGGAGUGGUUCUUCUUGUUGUCGCAUGAGGUGCUAAAUCCCAUGUACUGUCUGUUUGAGUACGCUGGCAAAAGCAACUACUGCCUGCAGAUCAACCCAGCUUCGGCUAUCAACCCAGAUCACCUCUCAUAUUUCUGCUUCAUAGGCAGAUUUAUUGCAAUGGCACUUUUCCAUGGAAAGUUUAUCGACACAGGCUUCUCCCUGCCUUUCUACAAACGCAUGCUUAAUAAGAAGCUCAUCCUCAAAGAUUUGGAGUCCAUCGACCCAGAGUUCUAUAACUCACUUAUAUGGAUCAGGGACAACAAUAUUGAGGAGUGUGGUCUGGAGAUGUAUUUCUCAGUGGACAUGGAGAUCUUGGGCAAAAUCACAUCCCAUGACCUCAAACCAGAUGGCACCAACGUCCUUGUCACUGAGGAGAACAAGGAGGAGUACAUCAGUUUAAUGGCAGAGUGGAGGUUCUCCCGUGGAGUUGAAGGUCAAACCAAAGCUUUCCUUGAUGGUUUUAAUGAAGUGGUUCCACUUCAGUGGCUCCAGUAUUUCGAUGAAAAGGAGCUGGAGGUGAUGCUGUGUGGCAUGCAAGAAGUGGACUUACAGGACUGGCAGAGGAACACAGUGUAUCGUCACUAUACCAGGAACAGUAAACAAAUCAUUUGGUUCUGGCAGCUCGUGAAAGAAGUGGACAACGAAGUGCGUCUGCGCCUCAUGCAGUUCGUCACUGGAACCUGCAGGCUUCCUCUUGGCGGCUUCGCUGAGCUCAUGGGAAGUAACGGACCUCAAAAGUUCUGCAUUGAGAAGGUUGGGAAGGAAACGUGGCUUCCCAGGAGCCACACAUGCUUCAACCGUCUGGACUUGCCCCCUUACAAAAGCUUCGAGCAGCUCAAAGAGAAACUCCUCUUCGCCAUCGAGGAAACGGAAGGAUUCGGACAAGAAUAAUGGAGCGCUCCUCUGGUGUUUUCCUCCUUCACCAUCACUGUUUGACUGAAAUCAAUCAAAUAAUUGUACAAGAUAACCACCAAUGUAUAUAAGCUAUUUUAUCAUUUUUAACCAAAUCUUAAUUUGCAGCAUCAUUCUUGCCGCAGUCCUAUCUUAUCAGACUUUUAAUAUAUGGAACACCCAUUAAGAUAUAUGCAAGCUGCCCUACCGUUGUUUUCUGUUUUAAGGAUAAUUUCAAGAUGAACUUGCCCUACUCUUGACGGCUUUUACGAAAAGACUUUUUGGAUCGGAUUUUAUUGUGUAACGCAAUCUUCUUUUGAAGCUCUAGUUCUAUAGAGCUUUGAAGUAGUAGUAGUUUGAAGCCUGGUGCCUGAAAUCCCUUAAACCGACCACCUGUCCUUCCCCCAAUAAGCGAUGGAUAGAAAAUGCUAACAUGUCCUGUAAAAUGUUUGUACGCUUUUGAAAGUGAUAAUUAAAAGGCCUGUACAAUUCAGUGAACAAACUGAAAUCAUGUUGGCAGGAUACAUUAAAAGUAAUGUGGUUGCGCCCUUGAAACUAUAACAAGCAGACAGCAAAUAAUUCAACUACGAUCUUCCUGUGGAAUUCUGUGCUUGGGUGCCAUUAGAUGUCAGUCUGAAUUGUACAGGAUGCUUUAUUUCAGUUUGCUAACAAAAUAUUUUACAGGGAUAUUUUAUUAUUUUAUUUUUUUAAUUUUUUGCUUGAGUGGCUCGUGUCCAACUGCAAUCACACAAGCCUGGACUCAUCCUCUCCUAGCAGAAUGUUGAAUGCAGUAGAAAGUACCCAUGAGAACCCCUCACUUUCUAGUCCCUUAUUGAAAGUAUUAGUGUAUGUGCGCGUGCGUGCGUGCAUGCAACCAGGUCCACGGUGACAUGUUCCGCCCCACCUUGGCUGCAGUGAGCCAGGAUGACCCACUAAGUAAUCAACUGUUCAAAACAGGAAUGUCCCAACCUUUUUCUAUGAGUAAAUACAAGUAUAUAGCCUUAGAGGUUACAGCAACAAUGUGCUUUUCAUUAUUUAGUCCACUAAAAAAAACUGCACACAAAAAAGUAACAUUUCUGGUCAAAACUUUAUAUAGUUUGUACAUGCAUGCAGCACAGCCCUCUGCAGAUGAAAUGUAACUAGUAUAAUCACAUUUCAGAAGUAUCAUGUUUUGACUGCAAAGAAAAGUGGGUUACCGAAAGUAGGUGGGUGGAUGUGAAGUUAAUGCGUUGAUAGUGACAUACAAACUUUGCAGCGUCACCCAGCAGCCCCUUCGCUUCCUAGAAUUCCACCGUUCAGAUGUUGAACACAGGAGACUGACAUUUAUGUUGAAUCAAGAUUCUUUUAAGGUUGUAUUUUUUUGUCACCCCCGCCCCCCAAGUCUAGCGGAGGAAACGUAUCGCAUUGUAGCAAAAGGAGCCGACGUUGAAAACUGUGCUUCCUUUUACGAUUGCAAACCUGUAAUCAAAGCGAAUCCGAAACUGUUUGUGAAUACUCAUUGUACAAAGAUAAUGACAGAUAGCAUACUUAAAUAGUAUAAUAAAUUACAGAGCCGCCGUUCCAAUGUUUGGAAAUCUGUGAUGCCUUUUGUUUCAUAUCCGAAAUAGAGCGGGAGCGUCUCAGGCGGCCUUCAAGUCAGGAUGUGCAGCGUAGGCCGUCUGAAAGGCAUCCCGACUGUAACGUAUCGCGUGUAGAUAACACACUGUAAACACCUACUACAUUGUACAGAACAGCCCUUUACCGGUGUAUAGAGGAUUCAUUUUUAAAUCAGCUUUCAACCAUUUGAAAUGGAGAUGGAUUUAUGAGAUACAAAUAAAUACGUGAAUGACUCCC